UUUAAUUUUAAAUAUUUUAUUGCGACCGACGAAAAUAGUCAACCACUGCCAGUGUUUACUCAAAAUGCUUGAUUCGCCUCUACGUGUGGAGUGGUAAAAAGGAUUCACAUGGACCCUAAAUUAUAGUAGAUGAUGCUUAGUUUGUUGUUUGUAUGUUGUAAGUGUCUAGUGCACGUCUAGAGACACAAAACUAAACACUUGUUCUCCAUGCACAUAGUAAUACUUCUGUUAUGUCAACAAAGAUAGCCUAGUAUGUGGUUUGAUAUUUACAUUUUUUAUCAGUACAGUGAGUUGCGCAUAAUUCACAUUUCCUGUCAGUGCAAUCUUUUUGCUUUCAUGCUUUGUUGUGGUUUGUUAAGGAAUGUGAUAUUAUUUGAUAGGUAGUAGUAGUACAGAUGGUUCAAGUUUCUUAAACAUUGCUAUUGGAAUGCCUAAAAUGUCCCAUUUUGAAAAAUGUGGAACCAAAUUCAAGCGAAUUUUGACAUGUGAAGUUUUUGAUGAACCUCGUUUCGAGUCAAUUUUCUUAUGAAGUUAUCUAGUUUUUAUAUAAACUUUCUGUAAACCAAGUUGAAGUUGAAUUAUCUUAAAGAUGCUAUCUUGCUAAAAAAAAUUUUGAUGUAUCUGUUGUAUUUAAAAAAUGAAUCUAAAACCUUCCCCAGAAGUUUUUGGUUUUCAUUUCAUCAGAAACUAUUAGCUGGAACAUAAUAUGGCACAUGAGGAUUAGGUAAAUGUAUUUGAGACAUACUAUGUUGAUUCUCCUGGAUUUGUUAUGUCAACAUUAUCAACCUACAGGGUGCAUGUUGAUUAGGUAAAAGUAUUUGAGAGAAAGUAUGUUGUUAGAUGCAUACUUGAGAACCUUUUAUAUGUGCUGACCACCUUGUAAAUUUAUUAAUAUUCAUAAAUUUUGAUCUAGUCGAACAUGUUUGAUGUCAAGCUUGCUGGGGAUUAAGGUUGUUGAUGAUGUAAAGCUAAUCUUGCUAAUUUAAGAUGGUGGGACACGCAAUUGUCAUUUUCAGCUUGAUUUAUGCUGGCGUACUUUCUCACAUUAAUUUCAGGAUCUUUCCAACAAAAUAAACUAGUUGACAUUUUAUACAUGCAUAUUCUAUUGUCAUUUACCAGAACGAUAGUAUUGUUAUCGGUGAAUUUUGCAUUUUUAUUUUAUUUUUUAAUCAUAUUUAGUGCUUUCAUACUGUAUAUAGGAUAGGUAUGUUGCAGUACAAGAUGUCCAUUGAUCCUGCCAGUUCAGUGUAACUGAUUUGGCUCCCAUUUAUCUGCUACUUAUACUGUUUAGAUUUGAAAGUUCUUUACUUUCUAUAGUUUGAAAGAGAGAUGGAUAAAUAGAAGGAAUCAAGGAAAGAAAUACUAUGCUUUGACUUGCGAUGACAUUGAUUUUUCUGACAGUGAUUGAGAAUGAACUCGCUAAAAAGGCGUGCUUGAAUAUGUAUCCUCAACUAUCCAAUAUUGUCAGUAUUGACAAAAUGAAUGAUGCAACCACGAGUUCGGAAUUUAACAACACCUCGGAAUUGGAGAUUCUCAAGAGGGAUCACAAGGUUUAUGUUAUUUUACUUCUGGCUCUUAACAAGUCAAACCUUUCUCCCAUGGAUUGCAUAGAAACUGCAGUCUGGGUUUCCAGCACUGAUAAUUAUCCACGGGAAAGUGUAGUUAAUACUCUGGAGCCAAGUGACAGACUUAAUAGGAGAUUUUCAUACUGGUCUAGUGAAGGUCAAAGUGAUCCUUACAUACCUGAGACAUUAAUGUAUAAACUGAGUGACGGUAUUUGGCUUGUCACAGAGAUUGAUAUACAACCCUUUGAAGCCUUUUUCCAGUCGGGCAAACCCAUAUAUUCAGCAAAAUCAGUAAGAUUUCGAAUAAAUUAUCCUAAAUCCCCUCAGGAUGUUGCAAUACAACUCAGACGUCGUCCACAUCUAAAGCCAGCUGAUGACAUGUUUGAAUGGACAUACACUUCGCCAGAGUUUCCAAUGACACAGGAAAAUCGUUUGCAGCCAUUCAAGCUACCAGAACCCGUUCUUUGCAUGGGUGGAUAUUUGCAGAUUGAGUUGCUGGGUAGGGUCCAAAGACAAGAAAUGGAUGGAUUGUUCUACAUAUGCGUGGAUCAUGUUCGAGUUCUUGGGAGGCCCCUGUAUCCUGCUUUUGACGUAGUGAUCAUAGCACCACGUGGAAAGUUGUUGCUCAAAUAUAAUCCUAUGGCUUUUAGCUCUGUUCUGAAAAGCGUUUCCAUUGAUGAAAUCACGCACAUGCGCUAACUAGAAGAAAAGAUGAUGUUGGAGCGCCCAAGUGUACUGAAUAUUUUGUCGCGUGAGAAGAGGAGGACUAAGAUAUGGAUGAAGUUUUUACUCUGUAAUUUUGCUGCAUUCCGGUCUUCCCAUAAGUUGUAUAUUUCUAGACUUCAAUGCACUCCUCGUGAGUUAUCUUAUUUUCCAUUCUACCACUUGAGAACAGUUAACCCUUUAGAUUUUCUCGAAUAGAAAUAAUGUAUUAUGAAGUGUUUGCAAUACUUGGCCCUUUUUGGCUUAGCUAA